AAAUGUCACCAUGGUUACAAAGGUCAACGAUGCCUAACACGUAAGUUAAUAACAGAUUGCGACGUAACUAUCUAUUUACCUUUAUGUAUCAGCGAUAAACAACGAAAAAAAAGUACAGGCUUUCAAUCGUUUGGGUUAGGAAAGGAUAAAAACAAAGAUUUCUAAACAUGUAACUCCUUUAAUUCAACAAGAUCCUGGACAAUAUUUAGUUAUGACGGAUCCACACGCAGCCAUGGAAAGAGGUUCGGGGAAGGGGUCAGUUGAACCCCUUGGGUUCUUGCUAUUUCGAAAUAUUCAAGGGAAACAUCUCAAACAAAUAGACUGCAGUGAGGUCUUUAAGAUGAUAUAAAUGUUAUGGGACUUGGUGUUGUUGGGAACAAGUGAAAAUGGUCAGUCACCAUAUUGGAUCUUGCAGAAAACUCAGAUUUCUGCCAAUAGUUUUCAUGUUUCACAUCCUUUACAAAAAUUAAAGUAAAUGCACUUCCGUCUAAAACUGGCUAGACCUUACGUCACUUAUGACGUCAUAUCUCGUAGCCAUAACAAACAAUUGUCGGAUAGUUUUCCAAGUUAGAUGCUCUUGCUUAAGUUCAGAGAAUAUUCAAUUCCGCCAACAGAAUCUUCACCGCUCACAUUUUCCUAUACUUGCAGCGAGACUUGGAUUUGUUGCUUCAAAUCCUGGACUUUCUUGUAAACACAUCCGAGACGCUGGAGAUUCAAUAGGAGACGGGGAGUACUGGAUCGACCCUGAGAAUAACAGAAACCCUUUUAAAGUCUACUGUGAUAUGACAACUGAUGGAGGUUAUUUUUUUAUAUUUACAUCUAUUUUAAUUAAUGAAUUGAAAACUAGUGCAUUUAUUGUAUAUCUUCAUCAAAAUUAUGCCAGUAUUUCAAUAAGUAAUAUAUGCAUAAAAGUUUAGUCCACCAGGUGGUUCUUAGUCUCUAAGACUGAUCUUCACUGGCUUCCUGUUGAGGAGAGAAUUGUUUUUAAAAUAAAUUUAAUAACUUUUAAAACGUUGAAUGGCUCCGGUCCCCGUUAUCUUCAAGAUAUUUUAAAAUUUUCAAUCAAGGACAUUACGGUCAUCAAGGGAUCAUUUACGCCUUGAAGAACCAAAUUUUAACAUGAAAACUUAUGGCCAGCGAGCGUUUUCCGUUGCUGCCCCCCGACUAUGGAACAAGCUCCCCUUUGAAAUUCGAGCUUGUUCUGAUGUUAAUAUUUUAAAUCUAAGUUGAAAACGUUUCUUUUUAAAAAGGUAUAUGACAUUUAGUUUCAUCAUAUUUGUUUUUGUUUUCUUUACUGUAUGCUAUAAAUUUCCCAAUAUGUACAGUAGGGUUAUAUGUAAGCUUGUGAUUAACGAUAUUCUUAUGUCCUUUUUUACAUUGUUAAGCGCUUAGAACAGCGAUGUAUAAGCGCUAUAUAAAUUCCAUUAUUAUUAUUAUUAUUAUUAUUAUUAUUAUUAUUAUUAUUAGCAUAUUUCUGAUUGAAUUGGAAAUUGAGAAUAUUGCUUCUUGAGGAAAGGGAACUGUAUAAAGAACUCUCUUAGUAGCAGGAGAAAAACCUUACUAAAGAAGGGCAAGAACUAACAAGGUAACAAAAGCAGUGAACGUAAAACGACACCUGCCCCGGGAAAAAGAACUAGGGCCACAUUGGUGGAGGACGAAAAAUCUCACUUUUGCGCAGCCCUCGCUCCUCUUGCAUUAUUUUAGCCAUACGACUUAAGCUGCUUUUCUCGAUCGAUCCUUUUUUAAAAUAGCGGAGAGGGGAUGUCUGAUAAAAUAUUAGACGAUUUUAACGGCUUGUUCUUCGCUCGUGUCUUACUUAGGAGGCUGGCUUCUUGUGGCUAAUUUUUGGCUAGGGAGCGCCACUCCUCCAUCUGCUUGGACCACUGAGACGGCAUACAGCGGAAUCAGGAAUUAUCAAAACAACCAAAUGGGUAUCACUACCAGCGCCAUGACCCCGCUUAGAGCACGCUUAAACUUCAUUCAAAUGAGGUUCCAUUGAAGUAAAGAACAAGGGCGUACUUUUCACGUGAUCACGGCCGCCAACAGCACUGGUGAAGCCGUUGUCCAGUACUUCAGUGGUCAGUCUGACACACUUCCUGCCUCAUGUGGCUCGUUCAUUACUAUGGAGGAUGACAAUUCUGAGUUAGCUAUUAAGUGCAGCAAAUGGGGAAACGAUGGAUCCCAUUACGUUGGAAAAUGGGGUCAUCACAGAAAACAGGGUGAAUUCAGGAUGUACGAUCACACCGCGUUUAUUGCAAACUUACAUUACUGGAUAAUCUUCAAUAGAAUGGGGAAAUGCGAUGAAGGAGCUGACUGA